AUGACAAUGAAGGGCAAGGGACGGCUGCACCCAGCCUACAGCCUCAGUGGCUCCGAGGGCGAGGACAACCCCAGGGUCUCUGGGACCAGAGGUCCGUCUCAGGCCCAAAGUCUCUACUCCCAAAGUCAGCCCGGUCAGUCCCACAGCCACUACAAUACAGCCCACAAAAGAGGAACCGCGAGUUAUCAACAGCCACAAUUGUACCACGUCGCCAGCAGAGUUGAGGGCCUCAGUGACACUCCUACUUCUGGAAACGCCAGCGACGAGACCCUAACUGAUUGCGAGCUGACCCAUCUGGCACGGGAGUGGAACGAUACCUCUGAACCUAAUCUAGAACCCUUCGUAAGCUAA